AUGACAAAAAUAACGACCAAAGAAUUUCCUGAAUUUGAUAAAAAACUAAAUGAACUACUUGAAAGAAAACCGCCUGGGACUAGUGCUUCAAAAAUAAAAGACCUAACUAAAAUAGCUCUUAAUACCCCAAAGCAAUACAAAAAUAUUGUAUACAGUAUACAAAAAUUCAUUCAAAGAUGUCCAUCUGAUUACAAAUUGGGAGCAUUAUAUGUGUUAGAUUCAAUAUCACAAUCAGCUCUCAAAAAAAAGGUAUUGGUAAUGUCAAAAAAAGUUGAUGACAUCUCAUCAAACACAAACACAUCUCAAUCAUCUUCACCAUCAUGGACAGGCAUAGAAUAUCUUGAUAGAUUUGAGAAACUAUUGGAGGAAAUGUUUACCCAUAUAAUGCAAUUGGAGCGUGUGCUUGACCUAUGGUAUGACAAAGAAGUUUAUAACAAGGAGGUUAUUCAAAGAAUAAAAGACAUCUAUUUUAAUCAAAUCACUCUGAUCACUCAAUUGGUUAACAGUGUUAAUGAGACAAAAUCAGUAAUUGUUUCUUCUUCUAAUAAUGAUCCUAAAAAUAUGAAUCCCACAACAAUGGAUUCCUCAGCAUUAUUGGCCACUUUAAAUAAUCUUACACAAGGAACUUUAAACAUACCCUCUUUUCUAUCAUCUAACCCAAUAAUAUCAAAUACAUCAAUGCAACCCAAUGCACCAACACCUUUCAAUAAUGUUCCUGUCAACUCCAAUCAACCUCCUCAUCCAAUUCCUCCGCCUCAUCAAAUUCUACAGCAACAGCAACCACAAUUACCUACCACAUCAUAUACUGCAAAUAUUACACCAUUAUCAACAAAUAAUAAUAAAUAUGUACACUCACCAACUGUUCAAAAUUCCAAAUAUUCAACAACAACUAAUGAUAAUAGCAUUGGCACCAACGAUAAAAAUAUGUCAGAACCAAAUAUUACCACAAAACAAACUCCAUCAGAUCCUAAUCAACUAAUAACUACACCACCACAUAAAAAUCAACAUCAACAAAUCUCACCAGGUAAUAUUCAACAACCUAGUCCACCAUUUCCUUUUAAUCCAUUACAACCUUGGAUAUCACCAACUGGUCAACCAUCACAAUUACAAACAAAUAUUCCACCACAACAAUUUCAUGCUAUGCCUUGGAAUAAUAAUGGUGCUCAACAAAAUCUUAUGCAACCUGCACCAUGGAACUCAAAUGCUUCACAACAACCAAAUGUUCCUUUUAUAACACCUCUUGGAUAUAAUGGUCCACCAACAUCUGUCCCACCAGUAUCACAACCUGUUUAUUCAUUACCACCACCUGCUGCUACUAAUGCUUCUGCUAUGAGUAAUAUUACUGGUGCUGCUGGUGCUAAUCCACCUCAACAGCAGCCUGGUCAACUAUCUCCCUCAGGUGUUCCAUUAACAGCAGGAUCAAUUCAACCAACUUCUCAAAUUCCAACAGUUACUCCAAUUGCUCCAGUUACUCAAACAGUAGCAUAUCAAUCAUCUCCACAACAAACACCAAUACCACAAGACAUAUGUCUUGUAUAUGAAGAUCAAAGUGUUGGAAUGGAAUAUAUCAAAGUUUUAAGUCGGACACUUUAUGUUGGUAGUGUUUCAGAAGAUAUGCCUAAAGAUGUUAUGCAAGAAAUGUUUAAAAAAUUUGGUUCUGUCGCAAGUGUUACAGUAUGA